CAAAGAUCGAAACUUUCGUAAGAAGCAGAGGAAAAAUCUUAAAGAUUCAAGCUUUGAUAUUUGUUCCCAAUAAACUUUUCAAUCUCUGGUUAAGCUCGGUAACAGUUUAGGGUUUUCAUUUAGAUAUGCAAACGGAAGCAAGAGUUGGUGUGGUAAAUCCAAGCCCCGAAGGAGGAGGAAGAAGAAACAAUGGGGUUGAAACGACACGCUUCAAACUUAAGCAGCAACAGCAAGAGUUGUUACAAGUACAAAAAACCCAGAUCGGUACCGUCUCUCAGUUGCUCGCCGGUGGGGUUGCCGGUGCUUUGAGCAAGACUUGCACCGCUCCUCUUGCUCGUCUCACCAUUCUCUUUCAGGUGCAAGGUAUGCAUUCCGAUGCUGCCACGUUAAGAAAAGCUAGUAUAUGGCGUGAAGCAUCACGCAUUGUUGGUGAAGAAGGUUUCCGAGCCUUUUGGAAAGGAAAUCUAGUUACAAUCGCACAUCGUCUACCAUAUUCUUCACUAAAUUUCUAUGCCUAUGAGCAGUAUAAGAAGUUACUAUAUAUGCAUCCAGGACUGGAUAGUGACGGUAAAAGUAUGGGUUCUGAGCUUUGCAUACAUUUCGUAGGCGGUGGUUUGGCGGGAAUUACGGCUGCAUCUGCUACAUAUCCACUGGAUCUUGUUAGAACACGUCUCGCUGCCCAGACGAAUGUUACAUACUACAGAGGCAUUUGUCAUGCUUUGCGAACUAUUUGCCUAGAUGAAGGGGGUUUGGGCCUUUACAAGGGACUCGGAACGACUCUUUUAGGUGUUGGACCCAGCAUAGCGAUUAGCUUUUCAGUGUACGAGAGCUUGAGGUCUUUUUGGCAGGCACACAGGCCCCAUGAUUCCACUGUUCUGGUUAGUCUAUCUUGUGGCAGUCUUUCCGGGAUUGCAUCAUCGACAGAGAAGCAGGUUGUGGUGCAAGCUCUGUAUUAAAACCAGAUUGAAACCUAGACCCGAGAUCGCUCUCUCGCUUUUAUGAUUGAAUGUUCAAUUAUCGGGUUCUUAAUCAUUGAAAAUUUAUUUCUCUUAAGCUAAAAAGAUAUGUUAAACCAAUGACUUAUUGCUGCAAAGGUCAAUCUUGGAAUUCUAUAGCAGCUAAACCAUCAAUUGCUUUCUCCCGGAAGGGCCACCCACACCACACGACUUUUCUUGAAGAGUGCGGUAUCAAUUCAACAUCAUUAUCGGAUAUCGGUGAUGACGUUUGAGUUAAGGUUUUCUUGGUUGGCAGGGAAGUCAUUGUUUGAAAGCUUUUUUCAAUGUUUAGAUGUCAAAUAUGUGAAGAAUGUUGUUUAAUCUCGAAAAUUUGGAUUCUUUAUGAACUUAACGCUAUCGGUAACAUUGUUUAACUGGUUUGUGUUUGUUGAGUACAACCAGUUGGUGAUAUUUUUUUCCUACGAUUUGCCUCGGAUAAACCAAUGUGUGGUUCUUACCAUUUUGUGUUGUAUAAAUGCAGCAAUAUUCCCAUUGGAUCUCGUUAGGCGACGCAAACAACUAGAGGGAGCUGGUGGACGAGCCCGUGUUUACACAACAGGGCUUUUCGGCACAUU